GUUCCCGGAGGAAAGGGCGGAGAGUUGGCCGCCGAGUCUGUAACACAAGUCGCCAAACAAGGUCGGACGAACCGGGAAACGAGCUCUACCUCAGCUCGGAUGACCGGAGCGCCGAGUGGCUUCCAGCACCUGGGGGGGAGCGACAGGAAUGAAGGGGCUGAAGUGACGCGUGAUGACCGGGAACCUGCCGGUGUGGUCGGGAUGAGGAGCGCGUUCACUGGUGGACAUUAGAGGAAUCAGCCUGUUGCUCAGCUCCUGCAAGUGCGCGUGUGUCGUGGAGCGGAGGCAGCGGGAGGUCCGAUGGCAGAGAGGCGGACCAGGACCACGGCGGCCCGGGCCACGGCUAUAGCCGAGCAACUGCACCACGAGUCCUGCAUACUACUGGAGCUUUAUAGAAAGAAGGAGAAGUUCACCGUGGAGGAUUUGGUGGCUGACCGUCGCCUGGUGUCUGUCCCUCCUCCGUCCUCGCAGCUGGACACCGGGGACACGCUCUGGCGCCUCCACUCUGCUCUGCUACAGUGCCGCAGCUUGCUGGAGAGAGCCAUCGCCAAAGAGGAACAGGAGCUGGGUGGCGGCAAGAAGGGAGACUACGAGACCAUGAGGAAAAUGGUGAGGGACAGACUCUCGCUUCUCCUGAUCAACACAGAGCUCCUCAGGGCUGUAGAUGGCGCGGCAGUCCUUACCCCCAAUUUGGACGGACUGGAGUUAGAAGGUCCGAGCAGCCUGUUUGAGCUGAAGCUUUGGAUUUAUCGGAUCUUCAAGGAGGUGGAGCACUGGAGCAAGACAGCCAUCACCACCUUGCAGGGCCUGCCCCCUGUGAUGGACAAGGGAGCGGGCGAGGGCGCGCGGCUCAGGAGCAUGAGGAGCGCUCGGAGAUGA